GACAAAUGUUGGUUCGUCUCCCCAACAAAUAACCUUUGGGAUAUGAUUCAUGGGUUAAUUACGGCCUAAACGUUUUUCGAAAUGCUUUACAUUUUUAUUCGUAUUCGCAAGCUCCAUUCAAAUUAUACAAUAGCGUUAUAAUUGAAGCACCCCACCUGUUUCGUAGUCAUUUCACAACAUUAGCAAAGGGUCCCUACAGUAACACAAAUUCAAAAGUAUUUAAAACGAUUCAAAUGAAGAUCUCGUGAACCCGCACAUGAAUCGGUAACUGUGAGAAGCAUUCAUUGUCAAUCUCCCACACAACAAAUCAUCGACAAAAGUCCCAGUUUCUGUUAGGACGUACUGAACGAAGUUCAGCAAGAAAAUGCUGCACCAUAUUUACCGGGUGGAUCGUCUCUUCUUUAUGGUUUUUGCGGCGAUCGGCUGCGUAAAGGCUACAGACCCGAUUUUCAAAUUCAUCCCCAAGACUUCGUUGUCGAACCUCAAAGUGACACAUAUCACCGAGUUCGACAUUGAAAUGGUCGUCGGCUCGAAUGCCGCUGCUCGCACUGUCAUCACUGUAAAUGGCCCAUUCAGCGAUGGAAGUGCAGGUAUGACAGGUGUUUCCAUGACAGCAACUAGCAAAGGCUCAAAUGUGAAUGGGCCAGAUUUUACCACCAUCAGCACAUCAAAAACCACUACAGCCCAGGAUGGACAAUACGAUGUUAUGUACAAAAACUUCACAGCGAUUUCAAGGACGAGCACUGGUGUAACGACUACCUUAGACAAUACCUUGAAUUUGGUGGCAUCAAUGAAGACGGUUGAUAAACCUGGUGCUACUAGCAGCGACACACUGUGGGUUUGGUGCUCUGCAGAGGUAGGAGAUGAAUAUGUUUGGGUGAGCGAAGAAGCAACAAGCAUCUACAGAGAAACUGGAGACCGACCGCAUCUCCAAUAUACCCUUAAAUAUCAUACUGGAUUUGAGAUUUUUUUUGCAACCAUGGUGAAGAUUUCUGGAGAUGUCAGUCAUCUUGGUACAUCUCGCAUCAACGCUUAUAAUGUUAAGCUGAGAAUAAACCUGCCAGCAUAUGUGAAAUACCGCGAGGGGACAUUUAAUAUCACUGGAAAGUACCCAAAUGGAAGUCCUAAAUACAUUACAGAGGAGAACAAUAAUGUUCUAGUGUUAACAUUUCCAAAAAUUGGAGUAGCUGCCCAACUCUCGUUCCAAAUUUUCGUCGAAUUUGACGGAGGAGCACUGCGGUUAAAAGGAGGGCAAGCAUACGAUACAUACAUACCUGCUCAUUUGUCAUAUUGCGACAAUGUUGCAUGCUCGCCAACCGGAGCCAUCGAGUACCUUGAGGUGAACUUGACUAAAAGUCUUCGCAUGCGAGAAAUCAGAGAUAAAUUCUUGAUCAAGCACGUACCGUCUGGAAGAUGCAUAUCAUUCUCAGGGACUGACGAUGCACCAGCAAAAUUGAAGGGAGCUUGCGACGAAAAAUAUGUUUAUAACAACAACGCAGAAAUCCAGCAUGUGACAUCAUCGGUGUGUACUCGGUAUACCGAGGGAUACUUUACACUGACAUCCAGGGCAUGUAUAUAUGGACAAGGCUUUGAGAGGUCAAAAAUUGGUACAAUAAAGGCCAUUUAUGCGGCCAAUGUCCCGUGCUUUGCACCAAUGGGGUCAGGAGAAGAGGGAGAUCAGUUGCACGCAUCUUCAACUUGCAGUACUCCAAAUGCGAAGUUUAAGUUAAUUGACGAUGUGCCUGCUAGCAGCCGACUAUCAAUGGGACAAAAGGUCAUUCUUGCUACUAAGAACAAAUACGUUUUCUUCUGCAACAGACACAAAUACCUCUCCAGACCAUCGUGCUUUUUUAAGAAUGGAACCGACGAUUCCACGAUUAAAGCAUUGCCCGCUGACAUGGUCUAUGUGAAAGCAUGGGAUGCAGUCAAAUCUGAUUUGUACGGCAUUGGGAACUCGGGGAAGAGCUACGUGAAAAUCAACUUGAUCUGGGAGCCACAUAAAGUCUACCAACUGGAGGAUUCCCUUUGGAGCUCCAUCGCAGAACAGGCAGGGAUAGAAAAGAGCACGGACGUUGUGCAGUCAUCCUUGAAAGACUUUCCAGAACAGCAGGGCAGCUCUAGCUACGCAGUGUCUCUUAAAGGCUUGUACCAACAAGACACCUCUUCAAAGUGGAACCUUUUUUUCAACUGGUAAAGUGACUAAGGAGCCUCACGAUUCUUAACUAGUCUUAUUUGAAAGUGCGCACGGAACAUGACAAAAGAUUCCAAUGGACAUUCAAGAUGUCUUAAAAGAUGACUGCAGUUACAAUUAUGCUUCAAUAUUUAUUACAUCACUCGCACGAUGGCACAUUAUAGAUUCAGCCAACUGGUUGAUGCACAACUUAAUAGAAAUGCUAACAAAACCAUGUACCCAUUUAUAAACAUCAAGAGAAUCAUGACGACGGGAAUCUGAAAGCCGCUCAAGAAAAAAAGGGCCAAAAUACAUGCUUUCCAGACUGUUUAGCCAUCGAUUCUAUCACGUGAAUGUUCUCAGUGAAUGUGUCAGAAUCGUAACUCGAGUUAUGGUUUUUUCAUUUCUAAAAGAAUUCAAGUUUGCAUGAGAACGAUAUAUUCCCUACAUGCAGAGUUAGCAAGCACUAGAAAAA